GAGCUUUCGUCAUCAUGGUCCUAAAGCCGUCCCCCCAUCCUGCAGCCAGUCAACAGCAACCUCCGUGCUCUCAGUAAAGGCAGCCGAUCCGAGCACCAAGACGUAUUUCCUGACCGCAGGUUUUAAUGUUCUAACACGGAUUAAAAGAUGGCCUCUCCUCAACCUGGCAGUCCACCUCUUGCAGAGCAGUACACCCCUAUUGAUCAGGAUGAAGAGAGCCAACAAGAGGAAGAGCUAGUGAAAGAUCAGCCUGCAAAAAAACGUGGCAGAGGCAGGCCUCCAAAAGCCAAGCCUUCCUUCAAAUGUUCUGCGUGUUCAGAGACUUACAGGAGUAUGUCAGCUCUGCGCAGCCACAAGUUUUUAGCACACACAAAGGACCGCCAACAGCAGCAGCAGCACUCAUGUUCACAGUGUGCCAAAACAUUCUCCAGCAAGGCUCAAUUGUCAAAGCAUGAGCGCACUCACUCAGCCCAGCGUCCUUUUCAGUGUCCUGACUGUCACAAGGCUUACAAGACACCCACAGAACUGCGCAAUCAUAGCCGCUCUCACACAGGCGAGAAACCCUUUGUAUGCACCGAGUGUGGGAAGGCCUUCAUGCAAGCAAUAUGCCUGAGGAUACAUAUGACACAACACAGUGGUGAGCGUCCUUACUCAUGCCGUCAGUGCUCUAAAAGUUAUCCCACCCUGUCAAAACUGAAGGUGCACAUGCGUUCUCACACGGGAGAAAAGCCGUACUUCUGCGCUGAGUGCGGUAAGAGCUUCGCCGAUCCUUCCGUGUUCCGAAAACACAGGAGAAAUCACCAGGGACAUCGCCCGUAUGCUUGUGACAAAUGUGGGAAAACAUACACAGAGCUGAAGGAUCUGAAAAACCACGAGCGCUCCCACACUGGAGAGAAACCCUACCUAUGCUCCGACUGUGGCAAAGCCUUUUCUCGUUCCUCCUCCCUUGCCUGCCAUCAGCGCAUUCACUCCCAGAAUAAACCUUAUCAGUGUGAGCAGUGUGGCAAAGGCUUCACCCAGCUGUCCUCCUACCAAUCUCACCUCCGCACGCACUCCGGAGAGAAGCCGUUCCUCUGCCCGCAGUGUGGUAAAAUGUUCUCAGAUCCCUCAAGCUUUCGCCGCCACCAGCGAGCCCACCAGGGCUUCAAGCCCUACCCCUGUGAUAAGUGCUCCAAAAGGUUCAGACAGCCGGCUGAUCUGGCUGUGCAUGAGCGUGUUCACUCCGGGGAGCGUCCAUACAAAUGCCAGAGCUGCGACAAGGCCUUUGUAGCAUCCUGGGAUCUCCGACGCCACAUGCUCGUCCACACUGGUCUCAGGCCUUUUUCAUGCACAGAGUGUGACAAGUCAUUUGCAGAGCGCUCCAGCCUCAACAAACACCGGCGUGUUCACUCUGGAGAGAGGCCCUUUAAAUGUGAGGAGUGUUUGAAGUCAUUUGUGGUGUCCUCUAGCCUGCGUAAACACGAGAGGACUCACCUCGCUGAGCAUUCUGAGCAGCAGCAACAACAACAGGAAACAGAGACAGGAUCAGCUUCAGGCUUCACUGCCCACACGACUCUGCCUCAGUUCUCCUGCUCUCACUGUGAUGCCACGUUCGGAAGCUGGGAUGAAGUCCAGGCACAUGAAAAUCUUCACUCCAUUGACUCCACUCCUCCGACUGUUACCAAAAUCAUUCCCCUGGGCUUGCAUGUCUGCGAGACCUGCCAGGCAGAGUUCACACAGUUGGCAGAGCUGCAGGAGCAUGAGAAGCAGCAUCCCAAGCCGAGGCCUCAUGUCUGUAGCGACUGCAGCAAAGGCUUUCUCAACAAAUCGGGGCUGAGGAAACAUCAGAAGAUCCACUCGGCCGACAAACCCCACAGCUGCCCCCACUGUGGCAAAGCCUUUCUGUUUGCAGCCUACCUUCGCAAGCACUUACGGACUCAUGCAGACGCUACAUCAGCAGCCACACAUCUUAGUGACUUGAACAUUAUUCACACUGACCCGCUGCCCUCUCCUCAACCUCCCAGUGAGGUUUCCCCCUCCACUGUUGAGCCAAGCACGAUCUCCCUGACAGUCCCAGUCACUGUACCUGUGACAGCUUUUCAAACUCUGCCGGAGUACUUAGUCAAAGAGGAGGGACUUUAAGUUUUUAUUUUCCUUUAUAGAUUUUUAACUGCACAGAUAUUCUGCCAAGGCCUUAAACCUUUUUAGAGGCUGGGUCUGAUUUUAUGUUUUUUUUUUCAAGCAAACGUCCUUCAAAUUAAGUUGUCUUUAUGUAAAUUGUCAGGGCUCAGUCACUCUUCUACAUCUCCAUGUAUCUUACAAAAAUGUUAGACAUAUUGAUCAAAUUUUAUAUUCUGUACUAUAAGCAUCAUUCUGUGAACUUGUCGAGUGUUGCAAUCUUCAUAAAAUGUGGUCAACAUUUAUGCACCUAUCUUAUCUCAGUAAUGUUUUUUUUUAGCUAAUUUUUAAUUGUAUUUUUAUUUGCAGCUUCUUUUAAAUCAACAUUCAAUGAAGUUACAUUUUGAUGGAACUAAAACAUUUGUAUCUGUUAUAUUGUGCAUAAGUAUUACCUACUGAUAAUAAAAAAAUGGGUCAAAGUCA